CAUGCUCCCCGCGCGCUCUCGCUCUCCCUGGGAUGCGGCCGAUCCCGCGGCGCAGCCUCCCCGGCGUCUCCUGAGGGGGACCCCCAGGCCUCGCAGCCCUGCAGUGACCGCGCCUCCGCCGCCCGCGCGCUGCCGCCGCAGUCCCAGCCGUGGUGCUUGGUGUAAACAGCAGCCCCCGCGCGCCCGGAGCUGCCACCCCUCGGCCGGCCCGGCGAGCCCGGGCGUGCACCGAGCUGACGGAGGAUGGCCACCUCCGUGGUGGAGAAAAGCUGCAAGAAGAAGACGGAGAAGAAGCUUGCUGCUCGAGAAGAAGCGAAAUUGUUGGCGGGCUUCAUGGGUGUCAUGAAUAACAUGCGGAAACAGCACCACUGACUUCAAAUUUCUGGUGCAUUUAACUACGGUAGUUGGACAAGGUCCACCAGGGCUCACAUUUGUUUUCAGCAACCUUCCCACUCCUUCAGAUAAUGCGUUUUCUUCCGUGGACUGUAGCAUGAUAAAGCAUUGCCUCAUUUCUUGCAGAGACAACGUGCUGUCAUUUCCGGCCUUUUAUUUUUAAGUGCAUUUUCCAAUGAAGUAGAGGAUUCACGUAAAAGGAUACAAAUCAUAAAGUGCAGCUCAAUGAAUUGUUACCAAGUGACCCCACCACCACCACCAAGAAACAUAACAUGACUAAUACACCAGAGGUCCCUCCUUAUGCCCUUCUCAGUCACUAUCCCUCAAAGAACAAUAUUUGACUAAUACCCUGCUGAGUUCAGUUUGCAAAUACUUGACAUAUCUGUAAGUCAGUCUCUAAAGGAAGAAAAAAGUGCAAAGAAAAUGUGACCAGAAUAGCAACUGGCAGUUAAAGAAAAAAGAAGACAGCAAGAAAGCAAAAUAAAUAGCAUAAAAGAAGAUGGCAUUUGUAAGAAAACAUUGUGUGACGUGAUCCUUAUGGUCCAAGAAAGAAAAAUACCUGCUCAUCGUGUUGUCCUUGCAGCAGCCAGUCACUUUUUUAACUUGAUGUUCACAACUAACAUGCUUGAAUCAAAGUCCUUUGAAGUAGAACUCAAAGAUGCUGAACCUGACAUUAUUGAACAACUUGUGGAAUUUGCUUAUACUGCUAGAAUUUCUGUGAAUAGCAACAACGUUCAGUCUUUAUUAGAUGCAGCAAACCAGUACCAAAUUGAACCUGUGAAGAAAAUGUGUGUUGAUUUUUUGAAAGAACAAGUUGAUGCUUCAAACUGUCUUGGUAUAAGUGUGCUAGCAGAGUGUCUAGACUGUCCAGAAUUGAAAGCAACUGCAGAUGACUUUAUUCAUCAACAUUUUACUGAAGUUUACAAAACUGAUGAAUUUCUACAACUUGAUGUCAAGCGAGUUACACAUCUCCUCAACCAGGACACUUUGACUGUGAGAGCAGAGGAUCAGGUUUAUGAUGCUGCAGUCAGGUGGUUGAAAUACGAUGAACCUAAUCGCCAGCCAUUUAUGGUUGAUAUCCUUGCUAAAGUCAGGUUUCCUCUUAUAUCAAAGAAUUUCUUAAGUAAAACAGUACAAGCCGAACCACUUAUUCAAGACAAUCCUGAAUGCCUUAAGAUGGUGAUAAGUGGAAUGAGGUAUCAUCUCCUGUCUCCAGAGGAUCGAGAAGAACUGGUAGAUGGCACAAGGCCCAGAAGAAAGAAACAUGACUACCGCAUAGCCCUAUUUGGAGGCUCUCAACCACAGUCUUGUAGAUAUUUUAACCCAAAGGAUUAUAGCUGGACGGACAUCCGCUGCCCCUUUGAAAAACGAAGAGAUGCAGCAUGCGUGUUUUGGGACAAUGUUGUAUACAUUUUGGGUGGCUCUCAGCUCUUCCCCAUAAAACGAAUGGACUGCUAUAAUGUGGUGAAGGAUAGCUGGUAUUCCAAACUGGGCCCCCCAACACCUAGAGACAGCCUCGCUGCCUGUGCCGCAGAGGGCAAAAUUUAUACAUCUGGAGGUUCUGAAGUCGUAACUGACUCCCUCUACAGUCAGCUUGCUCCAAGCCUGUACACACACUCCAUCAAGCAUGAUGGGCCUUCUUCUUUUCCAGGAAACUCAGCUCUGUAUUUAUUUGAGUGUUAUGACACGAGAACUGAGAGCUGGCACACAAAGCCCAGCAUGCUGACCCAGCGCUGCAGCCACGGGAUGGUGGAGGCCAAUGGCCUAAUCUAUGUUUGCGGUGGAAGUUUAGGGAACAAUGUUUCUGGCCGAGUGUUGAAUUCCUGUGAAGUUUAUGAUCCUGCCACAGAAACAUGGACUGAGCUGUGUCCAAUGAUUGAGGCCAGGAAGAAUCAUGGACUGGUGUUUGUGAAAGAUAAGAUAUUUGCUGUGGGCGGUCAGAAUGGCUUAGGUGGCCUGGACAAUGUGGAGUAUUAUGAUAUUAAGCUAAAUGAAUGGAAGAUGGUCUCACCGAUGCCAUGGAAGGGUGUAACAGUGAAGUGUGCAGCAGUUGGCUCUAUAGUUUAUGUCUUGGCUGGUUUUCAGGGUGUGGGUCGAUUGGGACACAUCCUUGAAUAUAAUACUGAAACAGAUAAAUGGUUUGCCAACUCCAAAGUUCGAGCUUUUCCAGUAACAAGUUGUUUAAUUUGUGUUGUUGAUACUUGUGGAGCAAAUGAAGAAACCCUUGAAACAUGAAAAAUGAGUGGACUUCAAGACUUAUUGGAGACUCAAAAAUAUGGCCACCAAUACUUUGUUCCAAGAGUUGGUUACAAAGUUUUAGUUUGGUGGGUUUUGGGUUGAUUUUUUGUUUUUGUUUUUGUUUUUUUGUUUUGUGUGUGUGUGUGUUUUUAAGGAAAUUUCAAGUAAAGAAAGAUCCCUAUAAAAAUCAUAUUUCCUUAAUUCAAAGACCACAUUUUAGCUGUCCACGUAAUCAUGAACAUAUUUAGCAAGAAAACUUGAAAAACACUAAGCAUUUGGUGAAAAUAUGAAUUUUUCUUAAAUGAAUUUCGCAUUUGUAACUAUGAUUAUGACAGAGUGGGAGAUUGGCUCAUCAGUGAACAGUCUCAUCUUAGCUCUAGAUUCUAUUUUCAUACAUCACAGAAGUGCUAUGUAUUAGGCUGUUUGUUUCAGUUUAGUCAAGAACUAAAAAAUAGUAUGGAGCAGCUUAGUCUCCCAUAGAUUUGCUUGUCUUUAUUUGUUCCAUUUAGUGCCAAAUGUGUUCCAUUUUUAAAAGCAAGGCAGAGUGAGUCGAGGCAUGCGCAUACUCUCUCACAAACUUCAUAAUCACAUUUUGGGACUUAAAAAUGUACCAAACUCCUGAUGAAAUAUAUUCAAUCCAAUUAAAUAUAUUCCAUCUUUUAAACAGAAAUGUCAAGCUUAGCACCCAUUAUUAAUUUGUCAUUGUUUUACCCAGGGCUUAAAAAAUGAUUAUGUCUCUUCAGUCCUCACUUCAAAUAAAAUCCAAUUAUAAUAAAAUGAUUGACUAGCCAGAAAUAAAGCUAUUUAUAGUAAAUUUAUAGGUCACUAGAAUAGCACUGAUAAUUAUACAAUAUCAGUGUUGAUUUUGAACUUCUAAUGGAUUAAAAGGUACAUGAUUUCUUUUCCUUAGCAAGAUACAUCAGAGAUAUUUGAUCCCAUUGUAUCAAAAAGUUUUGUAAUAAUUUGAAUUGCAUAUUUGUCAUCUCUUACUGCUUUUGUGAAGUCAACAAGUCUUUCACAAACCCAUGUACUCAUUUCUUUCUACUAAUGUUUUGCCUGUUUACAUUAUGAAAUGUAUGGAAUGAGCUAUAUAAAGCUGUCACCAUCAAUGUUUUUAUCUGGUAAUAUUAAAUAUUUUUUAAUAAAACAGA